AUGGUUGAGUAUCAGGAAAAGCAAAAAGGUUUCAUCUCCGCUGAACCAGACCUCACGGUAGACGAAAAGAAGCUUGAGAAGCGCUUGGUGCUCAAAGCCGAUAUCUUGAUAGUGGGAAUUACUUCCUUGGUGUUCCUUGUCAAUCAAUGGGACCGAGGGAACAUUGGCAAUGCUCGAGUAAUGGGGCUUCAAGAAGACCUCGAUAUCAGCAACGGCCAGUUCUACGACGCCGUGUCUCUAUACUAUGUGGGCUAUGUGAUCUGCAUCAUACCAGCCAACCUAUCCAUCCGGUUCUUCAAGGCCCAUCGACAGAUUGGCGGCUGCGUCAUCAUAUUCGCUACACUCUCAUGCUGCAUGGCUGCUGCGAAGAAUGCCGCUGCCGUUCUCGCCCUUCGGAUCCUGUUUGGUUUUGCAUCCACCUUUCUUCAAGCCCUCACUCUGUAUACCAGCCUGUGGUACAAGCGAAACGAACUCGCUAUCCGAAGUGGAGCGUUCUACUCGGCAGCCACAAUCGCCGGUGGGUUCAGCGGCCUCAUUGCCUAUGCCAUCCAAAAGAACUUGGACGGUGCCUUGGGCCAUGAGGCGUGGCAGUGGCUGUUUAUUAUCCAGGGGUGUGCCGGCAUCUUUGUUGGCAUCUGUGCCUGGCUGCUGCUCCCUCCUCCUCCUGACCAGAUCGAGAACAUGAAGCACUGGGCGUUUACGAAGGCUGAACUCGAAGUGGCCAUCAAACGCCUCAAAACCUACAACAAGGCCGGUGCUGGUUUUGAUAAGCGUCAGAUGCUGGCUGCAUUCAAAGACCCCAAGGUAUACCUUUGCUCGUUUAUGAACGCUGGUGUGUCCCUUGGACUGGCCUCCAUCAGUGCAUUCUUACCAAGCUUCAUUGAGCAGUUCGAUCUUUCUCCCACUCGAACUCAGCUCUUCUCCAUCAUCCCAUAUGCCUGCGCCUUUGUGACCCUCCUCGCCAUCAACACCGCAUCCGAUCGCACAAACGUAAAGGGGCCUUUCCUGAUGCUCUGUUUUGCCUUGUCAAUCAUUGGCUACAUCGUCCUCAUGGCGGUGACGAGCGUCAAGGUCAAGAUCUUUGGCACCUGUCUCAUCACCAUGGGCGUCUUCCCCUGCGUUACCCUCCUGGGAGCUUGGACGAGCAUCAAUGUUGGCGGCUUCACGAAGCGUGCCAUGACAUGGGGCACUGCGGAGGUUGUCGGCCAGUGCUUUGCCAUUUUGGCCUCUCACAUCUACACUGACCCUCCGCGGUACAUCAAGGGCCAUGCCAUUUGCUUGUCCUUCCAGGCCUUGGGCUUCCUUUCUGCGCUUGCAAUGUGGAUCUACAUGCGAUACCUGAACGACAAGAAGCAGAGGGAGGCUGCGGAGCAUCAGGAAACGGGUACCGUUCAUCCCUUGAGCCACCAGUCUCUUGAGGAGGUUUACGACCAGCAUCCUGACUUUCGGUAUAUCCUGUAA